AUUCAUUCUAAAUACUACAAGAAUUAGAAGGGGAAAAAAACCCUAGCAAAUAAAAUCACUAUUUUUUUUCCGGCAAAAAUGGUCACCGUUGACGAGAUCCGACGGACACAACGGGCCAUGGGGCCCGCCACCGUGUUGGCCAUCGGAACAGCCAAUCCUUCCAAUUGUUACGAUCAAAGUAUCUAUCCUGAAUAUUUUUUCCGUGUCACUGGCAGUGAACAUAAAAUUGAACUUAUGAACAAGUUUAAGCGCAUGUGUGAUGGAUCAAAGAUUAAAAAGAGAUAUUUUUAUUUAACAGAAGAAAUCUUGAAAAAAAAUCCUAAUAUUUGUGAAUACAACGCUCCAUCAUUGAAUAUUAGGCAAGAAAUCACGAUUGUUGAGGUGCCAAAACUUGGGAAGGAGGCAGCUGAAAAGGCCAUCAAUGAAUGGGGUCAGUCAAAGUCCAAAAUUACACAUUUGGUAUUUUGCACCACUAGUGGUGUGGAUUUGCCUGGGGCCGACUAUCAACUCACUAAGCUUCUUGGACUUGAACCAUCAGUGAAACGAUUCAUGAUGUACCAACAAGGCUGUUAUGGUGGUGGCACUGCUCUUCGAUUAGCUAAGGAUUUAGCUGAGAAUAAUAAAGGUGCUCGAGUUCUUGUUGUAUGCUCAGAAUUAGCCAAUUUGGUUUGCUUCCGUAACCCUAAUGAAACCGAGCUUGAAGUUUUGGUUGGGCAAGCUCUCUUUAGUGAUGGGGCAUCAGCUGUUAUUAUUGGUUCAGAUCCAAUCAUGAAUGUGGAAAAGCCUUUGUUUGAGCUUGUAUUCGCAACACAAACUCUUCUGCCAGAUAGCGAACAUGCAAUUAUUGGCUACCUAACUGAGGCUGGGCUGAAAGUCCAGUUACAUAAGGAUACUCCGAUGCUAAUCUCAAAAAAUAUUGAGGGAAUUUUAGUGGAAGCAUUCCAACCUCUUAAAAUUUCUGAUUGGAACUCUAUUUUUUGGGUAUCUCAUCCAGGUGGACGUGCAAUUUUGGAUCAAAUUGAAUUAAAGUUGGGCCUAAAGCCUGAAAAACUCAAGGCUACACGAAAUGUAUUGAGUGAUUAUGGGAACAUAGCUAGUGCUUGUGUUUUGUUUGUUUUGGAUGAGAUGAGGAAAACGUCUAUCAAGGCAGGAUUGGGUACUACAGGUGAAGGCCUUGAAUGGGGUGUGCUUUUGGGGUGUGGGCCUGGCCUAACUAUUGAGGCACUUGUCCUCCGUAGUGUUUCUAUUUAGGUUGCAAAAUUGUUUAAAAUAAAUGGAGGAUUAGAGAAAUGUACUCUAUCAUUGUUGUCUUUGUAUUUGUUGGUAAUGAACUACUACUAUAUUAUUCGCAAUUAAUAAUGAAAUAUGUUAAUGUGACAUUUUAAUAUUAAUAAAAAUAUAUCAUGUGUUAUAGUAUGUA